CCGCGUGGCGCUAUCGUCGUGGGGGUGAGGGUCGGGGGUAAGUCGACGGAACUAGACGAUGUUCGUUCGAGGGAGGGAACGGAGUGUGGAGAUAGUCGACGAGGACGCUGGGUGGUGAGUGGCCACCUUUUCGUAGGUCCUCGGCAAGGUCCUACCGUCAGGGCCGCAGGACCGUUUUGUUUCCUCCGUUUCUCGCGUUCCUCGAGGGAAACAAGAGAAAGACAGAUCGAUAGACCGGCGGCCAGUGUGCUCGGCUAGGUCGUCUCUGCGUGUCGGGUGCGUGAAGGUGCGUGUUUUUCUCGCGUGGAUCGGGAGGACCGCUGGGACGCAGGGAUCGUCGACGGGGUGCGGCCGAUGAUGGUGAAGGCCCCGAGCAUGGGACCCUCGGCUGGCAGCCAGGGGAACAGGAAGAUCCACCCGGGGCCCGAGAUCUCGAUGAAUCCGAGGGAUCUGCCGACAGCGAACGCUCCUACACUCCCGGGUAUACGAACAGAUGGCAACUCUUUCGGCAAGGCAACCUCGAUCUUCAAUCCCCAGGUGGACGUCUCGACCCAGGUGGAUCUGCAUGGCGGUUUUGGUGCGUCGGGUGGUAACAUUAGCAUCGACUGGGAUCGUAGAGCGACCCCGCUCUACUCCCGCGAGGACAUCAAAGAGCAGUAUUGCAUAACCAGUAGGCAAUUGGACGCUGUCGAGAAAUCCGAGGGUGGGUUCUUCGGUUGCCUGUCGACGAGAGGGCCAUCGCCGUGCAGCGCCGCGCGAACCUCGAUCCUCUCCGCUUGCGUAAGAAGCGUCCCCAGCGACGAGAACCUCUGCGACGCUCCCUAUCCCAGACGAUCCCUCCAAAUCAUGUUCCGUCAACCUCAUUCGACCUAUUCGAGGGGUCUGUACCGUUACGACUUCGAGGAUGAAGCCGACUGGAUCGAGAGUUCCUACUUGCGGCGUCGACCCAGAUCCUUCUGCACUGUGUCCGAUCCGAAAAGGAAACUUUGUAUUUUUAUCUCCUCUGUGAUGGAGCUGACACAGAGGGACGAAGUCAGUCAAGUAUCGUUACAUGACCUCGAACUCAAGAAAUCCCUUGAUCAUCGCAUUGUGAUAUAUUUAUCGAUAAACUCGAAGAUCAUUCCGAAAAUAAAUAAUUCUGAAUGAGCGAUAAUUACCAACUACCUACCAAAAGAGUUUCGAUCGAUCUUGCCGCGCGAGUUUAUAAGAAAACUACUUUCUGCCUCGCGACGCGUUAAUCACUAGUCGUACAGCGAAUUUACUACUGGUUUCGCUAUAACGAUGACAACGUUCAUGGAGUGUAAAGAGAUUUACUGCCACCGAAGAAAAUAUCUGGACUUUCACGGUGCCGUGAUUCGACGACAUAAAUAUCCUGAAGUGGCAGAAAGGAAAAUUAACCGCUUUCCCAUAGAGUGCAGAGCUCCGAUUAAAUCUCAAGAUGGAGCUUGACAAAGUAUAACGUUAUCAUUCAAAUUCCAAUUUCUAUUUAACGAGUGAUUUAUGGAAAGUUCUGUACCUUUUUUUUUUUUUUUUUGAUAUUCGAGACUUUCAUUCAGAUUCUAAUUCUAAUCCUUGUCUUGCAUCUGGAUAGCAUCAGCUGUUUCGAAGGUAGUAGUAAGAGAUUACGGGUUCGACGACGCGUUGAGUGGUUCAGUUUAUUUCUAAUUGGCGCGAGUGGUGCACAGAAGCUUCAAUGACGACGUUGUUUCAAGGUUGCGUGUAAACGAUCGAUGAAAAAUUAUGUUCCCGGAGUAAAUUGAUGUAUUUAUACGUUAUCGGCGUAUCGACGCGAAAACUGCAGCUAUAAAUGCGACACGUGGCGAGUCGAUUUUAUAUAAGGUGUACCCAGAAGCUACAAUAGAAAACAAACAUCGACAGCUAACACAAAUGUUUACCUGUAACACACACAAGCGUAGUUUACUAUUAAACGUUUCGAUCAAAGAUUUAGAUUCUCUCCUUGGUAUAACGGAUUAUAUAAACACGGCGUUUGACCUGGGAGGUGAAAUAAAAUUUAUUAUUCGUAUUGGCAGUUAUUUCCUUUAUUUUUGUAAGAUUUUUUUUAACGAAACAAAAGCAUGGUACGAGGA